UCUCUCCUCCCCCACCCUCAUUUGCUCUGAUUUCAGAUCUUGAAUGUCAAUGUGAAGGCCCCAGCCCUGCUGCUGAGCCAGCUGCUGCCCCACAUGGAGAACAGGGGGGGAAGCUCUGUGGUUCUGGUCUCCUCAAUUGGGGCAUACUUACCUGAAGCUAGGCUAGGGGCCUACGGUGUCAGUAAAGCAGCCAUUCUGGGACUCACCAAGACCCUGUCAUUGGAGCUGGCACCAAAGGAUAUCCGGGUGAACUGCCUAGUUCCAGGAGUAAUUGACACAGCCUUCAGCAAAAUGCUGUUUGAGGAUCCAGACUUUUGGAACCAUGCGAAGGGACGCCAUGGAAUACAGAGAGUGGGUCAGCCUGAGGACUGUUCGGGGCUGGUGUCCUUCCUCUGCUCUCCAGAUGCCAGCUACAUCACCGGUGAAAGCAUUGUGGUGGCUGGCUUCUCACCCCGCCUCUGAAGGACAUGAGCUCAGAGCUCGGGCUUGCCUCUCAUUGUAGAAGCGCCCUGUGCCUCUGGGGCCACCAUGUUGGGGCACCUCUAUACAUGAUGAGCCUGUGCUUCAAAUACACACUUUAAGUUCAACAUAAUCAGAGUAUGAAACAAUAAAGAACAUCAGAAAAGAAA